AUGAUAGUAGUACUAGUAGUGCUGCAAGUGAACUUGGGGAGCUUGAGAAUGUAACAUUGUUGUGAGUGUCGAUACGACGAUAUAGCAGUUGUCCCUGGGAAGAGGCCGCCUGUUAUUUGAGGGCAGUGCGGAGUUGGAAAAGGGUAUACAACAAUCGCCGUAUUUCCAGGCUCAGUGUUUCCGCAUGCUGGCACUUCUCCUACUACAACUCGUCAACUGUAGGGUAGGCCUAGUUAGUCCUGCGACCUGUCAACGUCACCUGAUCUGAGCAGUGCAACUAGUGCUUGUUGCAGCCCCAGCUGGAUGUUCUUGGUCAGAAUAGUGCCAUACGCCGUACACAGAAAGUGCUUGGAAGUAGUUGUCAGGGGCGCAAGCAGCCCGUACUAGAUCUACUCACUGUAGAAGUGUAGUCGCUGAAGCCAGUGAAGGCUGAAGCCUCGAGUCAAGCCAGGUAGCGAACUACUUGUCACAUAUCGGUGCCAGUCAGCAGCAGCAGCAGCGAGGACCACUGGCAGAGAACGCCAACUCUCCAAGUCAUUCAAACUUUGUAAUUAUUUACAUUUAUUUCUGGCAGCAAUCAGGCCGCUUCAAGCUAGCUACGUCUGAGAUACAACAACCGUUCCGCAGGUGGUCGGGUGCGCAGCGUAGUCUUACCCUACUUGCCCUAGACUCAGCAGACACAGCGCUGGGUGCGCUUGACGGUCUGACGUGCCCAAGCCCUGGAACUGAAGAAAUAGAGUACUAGACGGUCAGAGAUUUGUAUAUUUAUUUUGAGAAAGUGUUACCGUAGACUUUUGCAGCAUGGCGUCUCUGGAAGAGGUCGAGUUAGCUGCAAGGCAACAGUACUUAGCGGAUAAUGACGUGCAGGAGAUACUAGAAGGCGCUACGACGGCUUUGAGCUGUGAACGACCAGAGAACGUGAAUGCAUUUCUUGCUCAGUAUUUCAGCAAUUUGGACCAGAUAAGCAACGGCCAUUUGUAUGAUGGCGCACCUGGUGUCUCGACGCCGCAAGCCCACCGGGAUAUGUCUUCAGCAGCAUCAGCAUUAGCGGCAGGUGGUGGAGCAGGAGGAGGAUUGGCAGCAUCUAUUUCAGGUUCCCACAAGGAAACGAACAAUCAAGCAGCCAUGUCAUCAUUACGUGCACAAGAUCCUCAGCAGCGAGAAAGACGGGGUGGUGUUAGUGCCGGGGUGCUAACAGAGGCAGAUGCUGCUUCUUAUGAGCGAAGGGUAAUACCAAAAGACUACAAGACUAUGUCUCGUCUUGGUGCAUCCAUUGCAAGUAACAUCUUGUUCGCACACCUGGAUGAAAAUGAAAGAAGUGAUAUCUUUGAUGCAAUGUUUGCCCAACAUUUCUAUGAGGGAGAGAUCGUCAUCAACCAAGGUGCUCCUGGAGAUAACUUCUACAUCAUAGAGUCUGGGGAAGUGGGGGUUUGGAAGAACCAUACAUUCCUUGCCACGCUUAGUAGUGGUGCUAGUUUUGGUGAACUAGCUCUCAUCUAUGGCACACCAAGAGCAGCCACAGUCAAGGCCAAGACUGAUCUCUCAUUGUGGUGUAUUGAUCACAACAGCUAUCGGCGCAUUCUCAUG